AUGGCUCUCGCUGAAGCCGAGAGGUUCGUUCUGAAGCCUCAGCGUGAGGGCGGGGGCAACAAUCUGUACGGCGCGGAAGUGCGCGAGGCGCUGCUGCGCAUGCGCCACAGCCGCGAGCGCGCAGCCUACAUACUCAUGGAGCGCAUACUGCCGCCGCUGGUUUCAGGCUACGUGGUACGUCCAGGCGGUCCGGUGCCGCCUCCCUUAAGUGACCUUGUUUCUGAGCUGGGAAUCUUUGGAGUUAUUAUUGGGACAAAAGAUAAAAUCUACUGCAAUCGCCAAGUUGGUCACAUGCUGAGGACCAAACUUGCAGACGCCAACGAGGGCGGAGUCGCCGCCGGCCUGGGGGCUUUGGACUCGCCAUACAUGCUAGAUUUGUAG